AUGGCUAACCCACCCCCAGUUCGUCCAUGGUUUCGCUUAGCCUCAAUUCGGUCUAGCCCACCCCCACCCCCACCCCCUGCACCUGCCCCUGCCCAAGAGCCACGCCUGCCAGCAUUUAGAACUGCUUCAGCACCAUCAUCACCACAGAUUCAGCCAACUCAACCAGCUCCCCAGCCUCAAGAACACCCUUCUUCUCAACAUAACAGAUUCUCCUCUUCUUCACUCCCUACUUCCCCAGAGAAUAAAAACAUUACCCGUGUUCCCUUGCCAAGUCCCUCUCACUCUCCAAACACCUCACCUCCCCCCUCUCCUCUCGCCCUCACACCUUCCCAGUCGAGGAGCGAGACCAUGAUACCCGACCAGCCCGAGCCCAAAACCGUGCUAGUCCAGAAAACCAUCGACCCCAGGCCCAAGCCCUGGCACAAUGCCCGUCACGGAAAACACGACAGCGUCAAAGAAAGUGAAUCCAAGGAGAAGGUUGUUCACCGGAAGCUCUCGGAGUCUGAGGAGUCCGGCAUGAGAGUCAUAACCAUUGCAGGGGAAAACAGAGGAGCGUACAUGGAACUCAUCCAGUCCCCGAAGAAACACGAUCCAAAGUACCUUCACAAGAAGGGGAAUUCCAACAUCAACGUUGACGGGGUUGAAUCCGAGGGUUCGAGUGCCGAGGAAGGGACUGUGAACAAGAAGGAUAAGAAUCAGAAAGGUACGAGUUCUUCUUCGUUUCCGAUGUCUGCGUACAUGAACAGCAACGUGCAGUGUGUGAACAACUCGCUGCUGUACCACGCUUCAUGCUCCCACCACGACCCCGGAGUGCGCCUCUCUCUUUCCAAGAAACCAUCCGGGGAAGGUUUCCAUCUCAAGGAACACGCUGAUUCCAAACAUAUAUAG